AUGGCAGCGCAAUCGCCGUCCUCGUCGACGUCGUCGGCUCCCCCGUCAUCAGCCUCAACUUCCCCCACAUCUCCACAACCACCAGAGGCACAGCUGGCCGUGGGGGAUCGGGUGUAUGGAGGGCGGUUCGUCGUGAGGAAGAAGUUGGGCGAGGGUUCCUGUGGGUCUGUAUGGUCCGUCGAGAUGGUCGCCAACGGGUUGAAAUACGCGAUGAAGUGCGAGCCGUUCCAGAAGUGCAAAGACGACGAAAUUCUCAGGAUGGAGCUGUACUCCCUGAAGAAGUUGCAAGCCAGCAAGCACAUCCCACGCUUUAUCGCCAGCGGUUGCCACAAGAAUUUUAGUUUUAUCGUGAUGACACUACUGGGCAAGGAUUUGGAGGAUUGCCGGCGGAAGUGCAAUGGCCGGAAGGUUACGCAGCACACCACGCUACGGCUGGCGUUGCAGGGCGUACAGGCCCUGGAAGACAUGCACCGGCACGGCUUCAUCCACCGCGACGUCAAGCCGUGCAACUUUGCCCUCGGCAUACAGAAUAACCGGACGCUGUACAUCUUCGACUUUGGCCUCUGCCGUCAGAUCAUGCUCCCCGAUGCGAGCGGGAAGUUGGUGUUGCGCGAGCCGAGGGCUAAGGUUUCAUUCCGCGGCACGGUCCGCUACUGUUCCCUCAACGUCCAUGCCGCCAAAGAACUCGGCCGUCACGACGAUCUCUACGGGCUACUGUACUCUAUGAUUGAAACCACGACGGGCACCCUCCCCUGGAAAGGAUUGGUCCGCGCCGAGUCGGCCAAGUGCAAAGAAAGGACAACCGAUGCCGAACUGUACAAGAAUUGCCCGCGCGGGUUCGCCGAGUUCGGGGCGGCGCUGAAGAGGUUGGGCUACGCGGAUACACCCCCGUACGAGCUGAUCCGCGCGAAUCUAUCGAAGAACAUCCUCGAGCUCGGCAUCAAGAUGACGGAUGAGUUCGACUGGGAGAAGCUGUGCAAAGCCGAGAAACGGGCCAACAAACACGAGAAGGAUGCCGACGCGUCGACGCAGGGAAAACCGGAAAAGGAUAAGGACGACGACAACGACACGACGAAAGACCUGGCCGCCUCGGUGAUGUCUCAAAUGACGGAAUGCCCGCCCGGAGAAGAUGGAGCCGUCGAAAAUACCCUCGACCAGGCACCCGGCGACAUCCAUUCGGAGGAGGGCCACGCCGUCAAAGACGACCCCGAA